UGCCUCACUUCUUUGGUCCUUCACUAUCCUUUGGAUCGAGUCUUCACCAUAGGGAGCUAGGAAAAGAGAAGAAAAUCUAUAGCUUACAAAAGUUGAUAUUCGAGCAUAGAUUUUUGUUACCUUGCUAGUUCGACUAUAGUUGCUCAUGAACUAGGUCAACGGUCGGUCAACGCGCUUCUCCCCACUCCGCCUCGCCCGCCGCCUCCGCGCCAUGCUUCCCUCCGCCACGUCCCCCGACGCCGACUCCGGCGAAGAGCGCCGGCCGUGGGAGCCGCCCUUCGACGCCUCCGUGCCGGCGCCGCCCAUCUCCUACCCCAUCACGGACCUCGCCGCGCUCGCCUCGCGCGCCUACCUCUCCGCCGCCGCCAACUUCCACCUCCCAUUCAACCGCGCCUCCCCCGUCUCCUCUCCCGAGGUCGGGGAGCCGCUCCCGGCGCGCAGGCGCGUCCUGGUGUGCCACGACAUGGAGGGUGGGUACCGCGACGACGGGGCGCCGCAGGGCGGGGACAACCCAGCCGCCUACGCGCUCUGGCACUGGCACCUCGUCGACGUCUUCGUCUACUUCUCGCACUACCUCGUCACCCUCCCGCCACCGUGCUGGACCAACGCCGCCCACCUCCACGGCGUCAAGGUUUUGGGGACAUUCAUCACGGAGUGGGAUAAAGGUGCGGAGGUUUGCAGGGAGAUGCUCGCUACCGAGGCUUCUGCGCAGAUGUAUGCCGAUAGGCUCACAGAGCUGGCUGCUACCUUGGGCUUCGAUGGUUGGCUGAUUAAUAUUGAGGUUAAACUUGAUGUUCAGUUCAUCGAUAAUCUGAAAGAGUUCGUCAAUCAUCUAACCAAGACAAUGCACGCUGCCAUUCCCGGGUCUUUAGUCAUAUGGUAUGAUGCAGUCACUGUGAAUGGUGAGCUCGACUGGCAAAAUAAGCUCAACGAGCAUAAUAAGCCAUUCUUUGAUUUAUGUGAUGGGCUAUUUGCCAACUAUACAUGGAAGAAAGAAGACCCACAAGAUUCAGCUGCGGUUGCUGGAAUCAGGAAAUAUGAUGUGUACAUGGGUAUUGAUGUUUUCGGACGAAAUACUUUCGGUGGUGGUCAAUGGACUACAAAUGUUGCCCUUGAUCUACUUAAGAAAGUUGAUAUCUCGACUGCCAUAUUUGCUCCUGGAUGGGUAUAUGAAACUAAGCAACUGCCUAACUUUCAGAGUGCACAAAAUCGUUGGUGGGGCCUUGUUGAAAAAUCAUGGGGCAUUCUUCGGAGCUAUCCAAAACUGUUGCCGUUUUACUCAGAUUUUGAUCAGGGUCAUGGUUAUCAGGUGUCUGUUGAAGGGCUGCAAGUCUCCAGUGAUCCAUGGAACAAUAUUUCUUGCCAAAGUUUUCAGCCUGUGCUUAAAUACACCGGAGAUCAAGCUAAACUGCAAGCCUUUACAGAUUUCAAGGAUGAAUCGUACAGUGGAGGGAAUUGUUUGACCAUCAAAGGAAGUCUCCAGCAGAACAUUAUUUUCUCCGAACAACUUUUUAAUGGAGGACUUGUCAUGGAAGAUGGAUUCAUUAAUUUAUUUUAUUCGGUAAGAGCCGAUGCAAACUCUGCUGUAGGGUUGUCCCUGGACUUGUCAUCUCGAAACAAGGAGGGUACUUCAAUUCUUGUUGCAGAGGACAUAGCAACAUUCACCAGAAAGAAACGAAAUCACAAAUAUGGCUCAUAUGUUAAAGCUGAUAAGGCAGAGUUGCAUGUUCCAGAUAACCAAUAUUGGGUCCUUUACAAAGCAACUGUUCAGUCCAGUGCCGACUACACAUUAACUGGAAUUAACAUUGUUUGCACAUUGAAAACAGCUGGCAAAAUCAGUCCAGAACCUGAGGAUAGGAUCUCAGAAGCAAAUGCAGAUGGAUCACCACCCUAUCACAUGUCACUAGGCCACAUCAGUAUUAGAAAGUCUGAUGCAAACACAGAGUUCCCUCCAGCAGAAUCAUGGGUAACGGAAGGCGAGUACAUCUCAUGGUCAAACAAUUCUAACACAUCUAAACUUGUGAGUCUGAAAAUCAGCUGGAAGCUGAAGACCCCUGAUCAACCAUCAUUCAGGAAGUACAACAUCUAUGUUGAGAAGUUAACGGCAGAUUCAAACGUAAAGGCUUCCAGAAAUUAUCUUGGAGUUGCUAGUGUUGAUGCCUUCUAUGUAUCAGGCCUAGAGGUCCGCAGCGACGUCACCAUUCUGAAAUUUAUCAUUCAAGCAUGUUCUCAUGAUGGAGGUUGGCAAGAACUUGAGGAAUGUCCAAAGUUCUUUGUAACUCCAGUUGAUUCUGAGGUGUAACAUUAAUUAAUUCUCAUGUCCGCUUUGUUCAAUAAUUCUUUCAUACUAUGUAGUAACCUUUAUGGAAAUAAAAAAGAGAAUAAUAAAGCGUGUUUAUGUACAAACUGCUGCGGUACUAUUUCUUCAGCAUUGUCUUGUGUGUUUAUUUUAACGUUGGGAAAACAAAAAGUAGGA